GCUUGUGCUUCUGCAGCGCAACUGUUCAAAAGUCAGUUGCUCUCCGGUCUUGUCCCAGACAACUCGUCUCUCACUUUACGGGGGAUUGACAUUGCUUUCGCUCUUGCAAUAAAGACUGAAAGAAAAUGUCACCAAACAUGGACCAGUCCACAGGGCAGCUUUUUGCUGAGGAUCCCUGCCCCCCUCCACCUCCUCCACCGGAGAAGAAAGAGUUCAAACCCCACAAGGCCAAGAUCUACUGGAGAAAUGUGUUCACCCUCACAUACUUCCAUCUGUCUUCCAUACUCGGUGUUUACCUACUGUUCACCAACACGAAAUGGCCAACUUACCUCUGGGUUCUCGGUCUGUAUGUUGUGACAAAGAUUGGAAUCACGGCGGGAGUUCACAGACUUUGGACACACAAAUCCUACAAGGCCAACUUCCCUCUGAGAGCUUUGUUGAUGUUGUUCUUCACAAUGGCUUUUGAGGGCAAGGUAUGGGUUUGGGCGAGAGACCACAGAGUGCACCACAAGUACCAAGAGACAGACGCAGACCCGUACAAUGCUGGCCGAGGACUCUGGUUCUCACACAUGGGCUGGCUGAUGCAGAGCAAACACCCUGAUGUUAUUGAGAAAGGCAAGGGCAUCGACAUGAGCGACCUCAAGGCUGACGGACUCGUCAUGUUCCAGAAGAAGUACUACUGGCCCCUGGUGUACGUGCUGUGUCUCAUCAUGCCCACUGUGGUACCUGUGUAUUUCUGGGGAGAGUCGUGGAUCACUGCGUGGCACGUAGCAGUCUGCCUCAGGUUCGUCAUGUCUUACAACGCUACCUGGCUCGUGAACAGUAUCGCCCACAAGUACGGCUCUCAGCCUUACGAUGUCAACUUCUUUGCUCGUGAGAACAAGAGUGUGUCCGUGGUGACUCUGGGAGAAGGUUGGCACAACUACCACCACACCUUCCCAUGGGAUUACAAGACUUCUGAGAUGGGAACAUACGGAUACAACCUCACCACAGGCUUCAUCGACUUCUUCGCCAAGAUUGGUUGGGCCUACGACCUUAAGACCGUCUCCCCUGAGCAUGUCCGCAAGCGAGCUCUCAGAACCGGAGAUGGCACUCAUCCCAUCCACCAGGAGAAGGAACUGUGGGGCUGGGACGACAAGGAUAUGCCUAAGGAGGAGAGAAGAGCUGCCCAAAUAAUCAACAGGAAGGACGCGUGAACCAAAUAUCUUUAAAUUAGCUCAUAAUUGAUUUUUGUACAAUAAUGUAUUUAUAUAACGAACAGUUCUAUUUAAUGAUUGUUUUUAAAGUUAAAGUUAAUUGUUUUUCAUGAAUGAAAAAAUUAUAUUAUAUCAGCUGGCACCUUGGAGACAUUUUAAUUUGGAGUUGUAUGUCAGUUUUUUAAUUUAAAAAUUAAUUUUCUUGUGUUUGACACAAUCAUGUGAUUACAAAUUUAUGAGUAUUUGGUCUCUAUUAAUCUCAAUUUUUGUGGAAAAUACUUUAAGAGACAACAUUAUCUAAAAUUGACUGAAUUAAAUUUAUUUAUUAAAUGUUCAUUUGGGGAACAUUUACACUACACGACUAUAUAUAGUAUUAAAAGUUAUUAAUUUGUGUAGUACUUUUUGGUUUUGAAUUUAUUCUGUUUUAGUAUUUUGUUACUUAACUUCCAUAAUACUCUGCAGUUCAUAAAAUGAACAGAGUAUAUGUUAUAUUUUGUGGCACUUUUCUCCCUUACGAUUGGAUUAUUUGUUAAUUUAAGUUUGGUGGAUUGACAUGUGUGAAGAAGCUUUUAAUCACAAGUGUGAACAUAAUUAUGAUGGAAUAAGCUAAAGCGUUAACUGUAUGUAACACAAUGAAGUUGUACAAAAAACAAAACUAAUUAGUUUUAACAUAAAUUAUUCACAUAUAAAACAAAAGUAAAUCCAACUGAAUAUUUAGUUUCUGAGAUUAUUAUUCCAAAAACUUAAGUGAAAGUAAGUAGUUACUCUAAAGCUGAACUACAUUGCCGUAAGAUGUAAAAUGUUUGUGAAUAAAUUAGUGCUGUAAUAAUAAUUUAAUUAGAUGAGUUAACUCAUCUGAUAUUGUAUGUUAAGAUUCUAAAGCGCUUUAAGUCUUGUCCGUUUUGUGUUGUGUGUGAUUAUCUAACGACUUACUAUUUAGUCGAAUUGAAAAUAUUGUGAUCUAGUUAUAGUUUGUGAAUUAUGUUCAAUAAACAUAAUUUUGUUCCAUUUACAAA